AUGGCCUCCGUCAUCACGGUACAUCGUUUGCCUGUUCCAACUGGCUCAAGAGUAGAUUUUGGUGCCCAGCUGUGCAAUGCGGACCUCGAAAACGUAUCUGCCGCAGACUUUGACGUGAUCCGCGAUGCGCUCUACACGCAUCAGCUCGUUAUAUUCAAGGAUCAAGCGAGGCUGUCGCCCAAGGCACAGUAUCAGCUGACAAGGCUCUUUGAUCCUAAAUCGGACAUGUAUGGACAUGGGGAAGUCGUUGGAGCCAAGAGCGUGCUUCAUCCCGACCUCAAGACCAUACCGCAUCAGCCUCAAGUGCAGGUGAUCGGUAAUGGCCCCGUCGCCAGCUUCGAAGGACUUGAAGAGAUACAGCUCAAGCACCCGCAUCACCGAACCUUCCAUCGCCAUCCAAUUCCGGAGCGAGAGGACCGCAUUGCAACCAGAUUCUACCGAUGGCAUAUCGACGCUGCGCUCUACGGUCUCGAUCCACCCAAGGUGACUACUUUGCUUGCCGUCAAAGUGCCUAAGACCGAGCGCCAACUCCUCCGCUACGACGAUGGCAGCGGAGACGUGCUCUCGGUGCCCCGAGGCUCCACGGUCUUCGCAAGUUCUUACCGGAUGUACGACUUGCUGAGCGAGGACGACAAGAAAUUCGUGCGUGGGACGAAAGUGUCUUAUGCGCCGCAUCCCUACACGUGGAUGGCGGAUGCGAAAUCGCGCUCCGACGGGCUCGGCCUCGUAUCUGAAGGCUUAGAACUGGAUCGUUCAACCCUUCCGGAGGUCGAUGACCGCGAGAUCAAGAUCUACCCUAUGUGCUGGAAGAAUCCGAAAACCGGCAAAUUGGCGCUGCAGGUGCACCCCUCUGCUGUACAGGAACUUCAUCUUGAGGAUGGCAGUGUGAUCGACGAUCUCGAGCAGGUGCGCAAUAUCGUUCAUAGGCUGCAAAGGCCAGGCAUUGCGCCUGAUCUCGUGUAUGCUGUCGACUGGGACGAGGGCGAUCUGGCGCUGUUCAACAAUCACGGAGUGUUGCACUCUGUCACUGGAUCCUUCCUGCCAGAAGAGGUUCGAAUCUUCCGACAGUGCAACCUCGCCGCCAGCGAACCUCCUCUCGAGCCGUGA